GGAAAUAAAAAGUCGCCAUCUUUGAGAAGGGCAAAAAAAAUCGUCAUCUUAACGCGACGAUACUAACUUCAGAUCUUUGAAAGGGGCAAGCAGCCUUUGUUAGCGUAAUAAAGCGUCCACUCGGCAGCGGAAGACCCCUCAUGUUAAUAGGCCGUGGAUGUGCCGGAGCUGUGAAACUCUCCUAUCAUGGACGGGCCGCCUAGAAGUCUCUGUGGCUCUUGUCCCUUUGUGGAAGACAGUUUCAGCCGGCUCUCUUCGCAGAGCAACAUGUACGGCCUGACCGCCUUCUCCAAGCCCAAGGGCGGUUGCGACCUGCUGACUGCCACACUUAAAGGGAAGGUCAUCUGCUUCAGGUACCAGAACCUCCGACAGAAAAUCAGGCCUGUGGCCAAGGAGGUGCAGUUCACCUACAUUCCAGUUGAUGCGGAGAUCGUGUCCAUUGAUGCUUUCAACAAAUCUCCACCUAAAAGGGGUCUGGUUGUGGGCAUAACCUUUAUUAAGGACUCUGGGGAUAAGGCAAGUCCGUUUCUCAACAUUUACUGUGACUAUGAGCCAGGAUCAGAGUAUAACUUGGACUCUAUAGCACAAAGCUGUCUGAACCUGGAGCUGCAGUUCACACCGUUCCAGCUUUACCACGUGGAGGUUAAAGAGGGGAGACAGGGAGAGACAGUAUUCCUGCUGAGUGGUCAUGAUCACCAGAUUCACCUGUAUAAAGAGAAUGAGACACUGCACCAGUUUGAAGAGCAGCCAGUAGAAUUCUUCUUCCCAGAGUUGACCAACGUGCCCAGCCAUGUCCUCUGGCUCGAUGUUGUCAACAUUCCGGACUCCACCAGGCGUUUGACUGCUUUUGGCUGUCAGAAUGGAUUUGUGAGGGUUUCUCAUGUCGAUCAGGAAUCUAAAGCUGUCCUGCAGAGUUGGGAUGUGGGUCAGGAUGGCCCGAUCUCCACAGUGUUGCUCUUCACAUUACCCAACGGCCAUCCCAGCAGCAGAGACAGCCCAAGUGUUGGUAUCUGCUCUGCUGAAGGCCACGACUGUCUGGGUAGUUACGACUUGCUGGUGACCUCCACAAUUGAACUCUCCGUGGUGUACAGGGAUGUGCUGAAGAAUGGCCUCAGUGACCAGGCCAUCCUGCCAGAGAGCGACCAGUAUGACAGUGUCCUUUGUGCUAUUGUGGCCGAUGUGGACUUCGAUGGAGUGAAGGAAAUCCUUCUGGGGACCUAUGGGCAGGAGCUGCUGUGUUACAAGUCAUGUGUUGGGGGUAUCCCCGAUCCUGAGGCGGUGGAGUCAGGCCUGGUUUCCCAGCUCCGGGGAGAGUUCCGGCUGCUGUGGAGAAGAAGCUUCCUGAACCCCUUGCUAUCCAUGGUCUACGUUGACCUGACCUGUGACGGGGUCUGUGAACUUGCAGUCGAGUCUCUGAAGGGGUUACACAUCCUGCAGCUUAACCAAGACAGCAGGCCUGGUGUUGGAGAGGCUUUGUUCCAGAGCGCUGGUGCUAGAAACCCAGGCAGCAGAAGAGGACGUGGUGCCUGAGGACAAUGGGCAGCUGACAGAGGCUCCAGGGAAUGUCCUGGAGGAAGACCGAGGGGCAGGGAGCUGAACACAGCAGAUGAAGUCAAACCCACUAAGCUUUCGAGGUAAUUGAUUUACCAACUCUAUCCCCCCCCCCCCACCCAUCGCCACAAGACCCUCCCCUUCUCUUUGCCCCAUACAGCGGCUUAUGCUUGGUUACUCUCCCUGGAAAGAUCUCACACAAGUUUGAGGGACACGUCUACCGAUCAGCGUGGAAGGAGGUCUUUGUUUUGUGGGUGGUGUCAGCCAAGGAGACAGGAGGGAGAGAAUGAAUGCACUAAAAUCCCUCUUCUCUCCCACUCCAUCCAUCACGUACCAGGGCAGAGUCGCUGAAAUCUCUGCUGUGUAUGGUGGAAUCAGAGGCUUGUGGCCAAGGUCACUCUAGCCGAAAAUAAAUGAUUACUGACCCUCCUCUUUUUAUGCUUUAAUUUUAAUCGGGUGAUUAAAUGACAAGAAUCUGCAGCUGUAUCUCACGUGGUGGUUAAACGUCCGCUAACCUGGUCCCAUUCGUCCCGAUGUCUUUACGGAUGUGGUUGAAUGGGAAGGUAGUUGAUGCGGACUGCUCAUCACAGGAGGAACAUUGGUGGCGAUGUCACACUGACCGUGCUUGGCAUUCCCUUUCAUCGGCUGGUACACGAUUACUGCUUUCACUGGUGGCAGCCGUGGCUCAGUGAGGAGCAUCUCUGCCUUGGAGUCAGGAGGUUGUGGGUUCGAGACCCACUCAGAGACAGGAAUGGAGAGCUGGAUAUGGUGAAAGAUGCCCCUUGUGAGCCGGGGAAUCUCCAUUGUUCAACCCUCCGUCAACCCCAUAAGUAGCAGAUUAUCAGCUGGAUAUCACCGUGUGUGGGAGCUUGCUGUGCACAAUUGUACUUUGCAACCACAAUUUCAGAGCAGGUAUUGUGUAAAUCCUGUUCUUGGUGUUGACCAUUGAAAAGUCUUAGAAAUACCAUUUAUUAUGGUGUUGCGUAAUUUGUAUAUUAAUUAAAUAAUAUCACCACACAACAGAUUUUGUUUGGAAGUGGUAUGACCUUUCGUUUAUGGUAGAAUGUUUGAAGCUGAACACAAAUAUAAUUUGACUAUUUGUAUCACAUAGGGAUUAGAAGAAACAAUAAAUUAACUUUUAUUGAAUAUAAUGUGUUUGAUUGCAUAAUGGUGCUGACGCUUUGCAAUAUUUCAACCGAGCUAAAAAUGUUUUGUUGAUGAUUUUCAUUUGUACUCAGUGUCUGAGGCUUCUCACUUAAGUGUCCAACAAUAAUCAGCCAGUAUUGAUGGAUUCCAGUUUCCCUGAUACCGUUUCUCCAUGACCACAAUGUCCUGGUGAAACCUUUCACCGUGUUCGUCACUGACAGUGCCAGGAUUUGCAGGGGAGAAGUCCAAAUGGGAAUGCAGAAAAUGAAUCUUUAGUGACAUGUUUCACUUCAUGGUUUUGUUUGCUUGAAGUAUGUUGUCAACCAGCUGCACGUAGUUUGGUGCUCUGUAGUUGCCAAAAAAAUUUCCAACAACAUCCUUGAAUGCCUUCCAUGCGAUUUUCUCCGGUCCCACGAGAAGUUCUUCGAAUUGCCUGUCAUUGAUGACCUGUUUGAUUUGCGGACCAACAAAAAUGCUUUCCUUAAUCUUGGCAUCAGUUAUUCUGACUUGAGUUAUGAAUUGAAACAACAAAUGUAGACAAUUUCAAAAAAAUACUACAUGAUAGGGAAAUUUCAUGGUGAUUUUCAUGAGCAUCAGUCCAAAAUCCAUAAGAUACGCCAAAAAUAAUUCCAGAAGCAAAAUCUUUGUUUCCAGUGUUAUUAGUUCUCAGUGUUGAAAAUUUGCCGCCUGCACACAAGUAAUUCAGUUCUGAACGUAUUUUAUUUCCUCUCCUGGGGUUUAAAGUGUGGUGAUUUUACUCUGUGUUGCUGACUAGCUCAUGUUCCACCCACAUUUCCCCGUAGUCCAUACUCACUUUUAUGCCGCUUACCUCUAACGACUUCACCUUCUGGUGUGUCUUUGGGAUCGGGAGGAGACCAGAGUACGCGGGGGAGUCACACACGACCAGCGCUGGAGAUCCUGGUCAGACCUAGAGCUGGUGGAGGGAUUGCUUAGUCUGUGGGAUUGGUCAGGGGCGGGGAGCAGACAUACUUUGUUUUACAGAGGUCUCCCACAACCGCAGACUGUGGAGAGCUCUGCCCUAGUGCGGUACUGUGCUGUGCUUUUACUUCAGUGCAAAGAGUGAAAUAUUUCUGCCCUAUGUGCCUGGGAUGGUCUGUGGUUUUAUACUGCUCACAGUGGCCACCUCCUGUAACCUGUCCACUUCAAGGUACUGAACGUACUACAACAACUGUACUCUUUUCCAUGAAUGCUGCCAGGCCUGCUGAGUUCCUUCAGCAUUUUGUGCGUGUUGCUCGGAUCUCCAGCACCUGCAGAUUUUCUGUUGUUACUGAAUGUAGAUAGUAUUUUUGUGGGCAGUUCUACCAGAGCUGCACACUGUCUUUCUACCAGCAGAUGGCAGGAUUGUUCACUGGUAUGCACUAUGGCUAAUAAUGGACUGUUGUAAAAAAUGGCGUGCUGAAGCAAAGCAACAAUUUAAAAAAAUUAUUCAAGGUGUGGCUGAGCCAGCAUUUAAUCGUCUGUCCCUAUUUGCCCUUGAGAAGGUCUUCUUGAACCGCUGCCACCCUUGAGCUGUGGGCAUACCCACGGUGCUGUUGGGCAGGGAGUUAAAACAGUAAGUCCAUAAGAUAUAGGAGCAGAAUUAGGCCAUUUGGCCCAUUGAGUCUGCUCUGCCAUUUCAUCAUGGCUGACCCAUUUUCCUUCUCAACCCCAAUCUCCUGCCUUUUCCCUGUCUUCAUGCCCUGACUAAUCAGGAAUUAUCAACCUCUGCCUUAAAUACUUGGCCUCCACAGCUGUCCGUGGCAAUGAAUUCCACAGAUUCACCACUCUCUGGCGAAAGAAAUUCCCCAUCUUUGUUCUAAAAGGACUCCCAUCUAUUCUGAGGCUGUGUCCAAUGGUCAUGGACUCCCCCACCAUAGGAAACAUCCUCUCCACAUAAAAUAACAAUAGAGUUAUUGGGGCCUUUCACCAUUCAAUGAGGUUCUCCCCCACCCCAUUCUCUGAAUUCCGAUGAGUACAGACCCAGAGUCAUCAAACACUCCUCACAUGACAAGCCUUUCAAUCUCAGAAUCAUUUUUGUGAACCUCCUUUGAAUCCUCUCCAACGUCAGCAUAUCCUUUCUAAGACAAGGGGCCCAAAACUUGCAGCAGGUGCUGUUCCCCGUACUCUAGUUGGUAGAGCUGAUGGGUUUUGGAGAGUCUUGGCGCUUUGCUGCAAUGUGUCCUGCAGACAGUGCAAGCCACUGCCAUGAUGCGAAGGUGCUGGAGUGAGGGACAGUUGUGGAUGGGAUGCCGAUCAUUCUGAGAUUCCCUCCCCCUUCACUCUUCUUCUGUUCCCCACCCUGGCCUCUUACCUCUUCUCACUUCCCCCGGGACCCCUCCUCCUUCCCCUUCUCCUCUGGUCCAUCUGCUAUCAGAUCCCUUCCUGUCCAGCUCACGAUCUUUCCCACCCACCUGGCUUCACCUAUCACCUUCCAGCUGUCCUCUUUCCCCUCUGACCACUGUUUUAUUCUGUGGUCUCCCCCCUUCCUUCCCAGUACUGCAGAAGGGCCUCAGCCUGAAAUGUUGACUGUUUAUUUGCAGAAUGUUGUCUGACCUGCUGAGUUCCUCCGGCAUUUUGUGUGUGUUACUCUGACCAUAGACACUGUCUGACCUGCUGAGUUCCUCCAACAUUUUGU